UUUGAAAUUUAGUCACCAGUCUUACAAACGAGAGAUAACUCAUGUUUAUUGCUAUGGAAAUCAAGGAACUCCAGAAGGCAACGCAAAUGGCGUUCUAGAAUUCUUCGAAUUUUCGAACGAAAAUGAUGGUGAUGGUGUACUAGAGAAGAAAUACUGGUAGAUGAGUCGCUAGCGCGAUGUCUCUGUCGUCAGUGUUGCCUGCUUUGCCCGGUGUCUACACACAAAAGAGCAACACAAAGCAAAAGGUGCUUGAAACAACCAGCAAUGCUGCAAGCUCUGUGCAUUCCAAAAAGAGCAAGAAUAAACACCAAGCAGAAGCUGAAAAGCAGAAGGCUGAAGCGGAAGCUAAGGCUGCUAAAGACAGAGAAGAGCAAUGUGUUCGUCUCUACGAGAUGUGGUCCAAAAUCAAACAGGAAGAGAAAGAUGAACACUACCAGUACUUGAAAGAACGAGUCUCCAUUCAGCAUGAACUCAUUAAAAGACAAGACAUGCUAUUUAAGAAACGCCAAGCGCAAAUUGAACAAAAGCGUUGGAAGAUAAAAGAAGCCAAACGCCUUGACAAGAUGGCUAAGUCAAAAGAAUACUCCGACUUUGUUCGAGAUGUCUUAGCUCAAGACAGGAAGAAAGCUCUCAGUUUAAAAUCCCAUGUUCGCGUUAUCAGCAGCCACCAACCCGUCCAUGUAUCGCAAUUAUCAGGAGACAAGCGAAGUAGUUACGACAGCUCGAAAUCUCAAACUCCAGGACAAUCUAGUCUAGAAAGCAGUGGACCUGCUGGAAUAGAGAGUUCUCUCUUGACGGAUAACUUUAAGGAAUUGUUGCUAGACCCUGUAGAUGUGCAGUUACUGAAGCUGUUGGGACCUGAUGCAGAAGAUUUUCUACAUCCGACCUUCCGCGAUGGAGCGAAGAAGACCCUUAAUCCGAUGGUGGUGCAAAGAAAAUUGAGCGGCGUUGGAGCAAGAGAAUUGUGGGGUACGCUGAGGAGAAAUUCACAGGUUAAACUAGAAAAACAAGAUGACGUAAUACCUCUUGAUGUUAAGAAUGCGUAUAAAGCUUUUCUUCGAGAAUGCCUCCAUAACAACAUCCCUACAGUCCGAAGGAGUUUCUGUAAAGAUGAGGAAGAUGUCUUCGAAGAAGAUCGUGUAAGCGAGAGUCAGUUAAUACAAGACAUCAGAUUCACCCGGCAUCGCCUGGAACUCAUGUUUAGAGUGGCUCACAUGAACCGUGAUAAAACAAAGCUACUGGUGAAAACCAUGGACCCAGGGGACCCCUCUGAGGGGACAGUGAGUCGACCUCCGAGGUACAAUCCUCAGCAGAUACUGGAAAUACCGAUGGCGAACCGUCUUGCACCAUUGCCAGCGCUGGCUUUAACAGACUCGGAGGGGGAACGCCAUUCCUUACACGUCCCCGCCUCCCCUCGGGAGACCACCCAGGAACCGGAGAAAGAACAAGACGUUGUUGUCGGGGGAGAAAAAAUCAGAUUCCUCACUGAAGAAAUGGCAACCUGUAGAGGAGAAUUUAGCAAACGGCAUAAAGCUCCAGGAUGCUCCACAGAAAUGGCCCCUAUUAGUACAGGGCUGCCUAAAAAGGUCAAUUUUAGAGGAACUGUCUCGGCCCCUCCAAGUAGCAUGGGUGCAAGAGAGGUUAAGAAGAGCAGAGGUAGACCGUGGGAACCGCUCAGUUUAAGUGCUCUGCUGGAGUAUAAUGCUCCAGUAGGUGCCCCCGGUUGUGGGGACUUUCUUUUAGGUCAAACUAAAACUUGGAAAAUACAUUUAUAUUUUUUAUUUAUUUAUAUAUUUUUUUUUUUUGUGGUCCUCCAGAAUGCGUAUAAAGCUUUUCUUCGAGAAUGCCUCCAUAACAACAUCCCUACAGUCCGAAGGAGUUUCUGUAAAGAUGAGGAAGAUGUCUUCGAAGAAGAUCGUGUAAGCGAGAGUCAGUUAAUACAAGACAUCAGAUUCACCCGGCAUCGCCUGGAACUCAUGUUUAGAGUGGCUCACAUGAACCGUGAUAAAACAAAGCUACUGGUGAAAACCAUGGACCCAGGGGACCCCUCUGAGGGGACAGUGAGUCGACCUCCGAGGUACAAUCCUCAGCAGAUACUGGAAAUACCGAUGGCGAACCGUCUUGCACCAUUGCCAGCGCUGGCUUUAACAGACUCGGAGGGGGAACGCCAUUCCUUACACGUCCCCGCCUCCCCUCGGGAGACCACCCAGGAACCGGAGAAAGAACAAGACGUUGUUGUCGGGGGAGAAAAAAUCAGAUUCCUCACUGAAGAAAUGGCAACCUGUAGAGGAGAAUUUAGCAAACGGCAUAAAGCUCCAGGAUGCUCCACAGAAAUGGCCCCUAUUAGUACAGGGCUGCCUAAAAAGGUCAAUUUUAGAGGAACUGUCUCGGCCCCUCCAAGUAGCAUGGGUGCAAGAGAGGUUAAGAAGAGCAGAGGUAGACCGUGGGAACCGCUCAGUUUAAGUGCUCUGCUGGAGUAUAAUGCUCCAGUAGGUGCCCCCGGUUGUGGGGACUUUCUUUUAGGUCAAACUAAAACUUGGAAAAUACAGUGAUAAGAUUGUCCUAAAGUGAAGCGACGAGGUGAAAGUCUGCGCUUGCGCUUCGUUCUGCUGACCAAGUAACACUGAAGGCGAAGAGCGGUUCGUGUAAACCAUAAUAGAAUGUCGCCUAUCAAAUGAACUUGGUGAGCAACGACAGCCGAAAGAGAAGCCAUUCCUGAAAGUGUGUUCUCGAACGGGGUCAUCGUUUUGUUGGAACUUUGAUUAGACUACGUGUACGCCGUCAUGGAUUGUCCAGCGGUCAGCGUCUUUCCUCGCGUUUUUCGAAUCUCGCUCGACUAUGUUGGACAAGUGGAACUGUAGUCCAAUGUUCAAGAGAUACGAUUGAUGGGUCGAUAUGCAUGUGUGCAACUUCAAAAGAGUGAAAAAGUUUAAAGUUAUAGAAAUCCUUGAUUUCAUGUUGUAAAUAGCGAGAAGCCAACAAAUCACAUGAAGUUGCUGUCUUCAUGUGAAUUGUCACGUGCCAGGGUGACGUGCUAGAGUAACGUGUUAGAGCAAGACGGAUAUAUUUGUGUGCCCAAAAAGAGCUUUGAAAGAUAUAGUAUUUCUAUUUUUAAUAUAAAAUCACUUUGUAAAUAAAAGGGAAAAAGCUGAUCCUA